AUGUCCAUACUGGACAGAGUACUACUGGGAGCACUACGGGGAGCACUACUGAGAUCACUGGACAGAGCACUGCUGGGAGCAGUACUGAGAGUAGUACUGGAAGCACUGAAUGGAGCACUACUACUGGGAGCACUGGAUAGAGCACUGCUACUGGGAGCACUGGACAGAGCACUGCUGGGACCACUGGACAGAGCACUACUGGGAGCACUACUGGGACCACUAGACAGAGCACUACUACUGAGAGUACUGGACAGAGCACUACUGGGAGCACUACGGGGAGCACUACGGGGAGCACUACUGAGAUUACUAGACAGAGCACUGCUGGGAGCAGUACUGAGAGUAGUACUGGAAGCACUGAAUGGAGCACUACUACUGGGACCACUGGACAGAGCACUACUGGGACCACUACUGGGACUACUGGACAGAGCACUGGACAGAGCAGUACUACUGAGAGUACUGGAUAGAGUACUACUGGGACCACUGGACAGAGCAUAA